CUCAACGAUACCAUAUAAUCUAGGGGUGUAGCAUUUUCGUUCAUUCGAGUUAUAAAAAUUGCUAAACAUACGGUAUUUUUCCACACUAUUCUACUGUUUUCUUGGUCUGUUUUCUUGGUCUGCUAUCCACAUUCACGAUGCUGGGGGAGGACUUUGGAAAGGCAGAAAUUGAUGCUAUAGAAUCGGCUUCAAAACGUGUUGAAAACAUGUUGAAGAGGCCUGAUCAAUUGGAGAGAGUGGAGCAGUUCAAGAGAAGGGAAGCCAGGAAGAAGGCGUCUGUAGAGGCACGUCUGAAGACAGCAAUGCAGUCUCAGCUCGAUGGGGUUAGGACGGGACUGACGCAGCUGAGUGGUGCCCUCAACGGCAUCAAAGAGAUAAGGACAUGGGUCCAUGAAGUUGAUGUGAGGUACAGGGAGUGUGCUGAGUUGACCUCUACACUCGGAGAGGUCAAAGAAGUAGCAAGCCAACACAGUCAGCUUGCAGCUGCUGUGGAGAAUUUGAAGCACAUUUUCACUGUCCCGGAAAACGUCAAGAGAACAGAGAUGUACAUAGAAGAAGAAAAACUGCUUCACGCCCAUAAAGGAUUGAUGGAGCUGGAGAGUUCACGAGAUGACCUCCUUUAUGAAUUACACAAACAGCCAUCAGACAAUCCAACAGAUAACCAUCUCCUGCAAAGAUAUUUCUCAGAAGUAGCAAAACUGUCAGACAUGCUUUUCAAGCAGAUAAGAUUGGUCCUGCAACGUCACUUACUCAUCGCUAGCAGACAGCCUCAGCUGGUCGUCACAUGUCUUCGUAUUAUAGAAAGAGAAGAGAGGAUUGAUAAGAAGAUGUCAGAUAGAGAGAAGAUGGCCGGGUUCAAGGCACCAGGGCGCCCUAAGAACUGGCGUAAGAGAUGUAUUGACGAGCUCAAGAAGGUGGUUAAUAUCAAGAUUGAAGGUAGCCAGUUAGAAGAUCGGAGCAUGGAGCGCAUGUGGUUAGUGCGCCAUCUAGAGUUGAUCAGACAGUACAUGGUGGAGGAUCUUCAGGUUGUCAAAUACCUGUGUGUCCCCCUGUUUCCUCCCGAUUACAAGAUCUUUGAGUUCUUCAUCAAGACCUACAUAGAGAAUGUCUCUGGACAUCUUCAAGACCUGAUUGGUUCUGGCCUGGAACACAAUGAGAUUAUUCAGAUGCUAACAUGGAUUACAGAAUUCAAAGGUCCAAUGCUCCUUGGUCACCCUGAACUUGGUAUAGACAUCAAGAAAGAACCUGAUGCGCUCUCAGAUCAGAUGGUAGAAGAUCUGCAGCAAGAAUACAUGAAGACUCUACACACCAAUAUUCAGUUCUGGAUGGCCAAUGCUAUGGAAACAGAUACCAAGGAUUGGAAUGGUGAAGUGGAGCCUGAUGCAGAUGGAGAGGGUUACUUCAGGACGCAGCUUGCAGUCAUUAUCUUUCAGAUGAUUGAGCAGAAUCUACAAGUAUCGAACCAGAUAAGCAAAGACCUAACAGUCAAGGUGGUCCUGCUCUGUGUGGAAGAGCUCCAAUUAUUCAUUGAUACAUACAGAGAUGCAAUCCGAGACUACAAGACUAGCCACAUGGCUGAUAGAAGCCAGCCAAGAUUCUUCUUCCAGUAUAUGGUGGCUAUUGUGAACAACUUUCAUUCCUUCAUUGAAUUCACCAAACAACUAGAGAGAAGGCAUCUCAAGCUACCGGUAGGAGAGACAGGGUCAACAUCAGUGUUCCAGGGUCUGAUUGAUGCCUUCAACAAGCUAGCUGGAGAGAGUCUUGGCGAUCUCUUGUGGGAGAUGUUCUUAGAUCUUGAGCCUCAUCUCAAUCAGAUUAUCACAAGACCAUGGUUUCAGCACCCUGGUUCCCCAGCCCUUGACACUGUGUCUAUCACCAUAGAAGAUUACCACAAUGACUUCAUCCAUCUCAGACCCAACUACUUUGAAUCACUCAUAAAAGAACUAGAGAAGAGGACUGUCACUGCCUACGUCAAAGCCAUGCUAGAGAAACGGAUGACAUUCCGGACGUACGAGGAGCGUAAGGAGGCUGCAGAGAAGAUCACCAGAGAGAGUGAUAUGCUGGAGAGGCUCUUCUCACAUCUCAAACGGUCUGAGGACAUGGGCAACUCCCAAUGUCAGGUCAUUCCCCUGAUGACCGAGGUCAUUCGUAUGGAAGACACGUCCAUGCUUUCUCUUGAGAUAUCGACACUGGUUCAUCGCUAUUCCGACAUCAGGACUGAUCAUCUGGUCAACCUGCUAGUCUCAAGAGGAGACUUCACUGUAGCUACUGCAAAACAGGUCGUCAUAGAUACGCUUGGUGAAGAUGAUACGAGGCAGAUGUCAACAAGAAGUAUCUUCUCUGAUAUACCUGCUAAGUAGAAGGAAUGGAGGAUAAGGCUCUCCAAUGAGUGAUGGAGAUAGAGAGAUGGGGAGAGAAGAGAUAGGGAGAGAUGUGGGGAGAGAAGAGACAGAGGGAGAUGGGGGAGGGAGAGAGUG